UGGGGUCAGUAGUAUGUGUUACAUAACAGCAACAACAUUAUAAACCCUUGCCUAGCGCCUAUGAAUGAACUAUAAAGUAUACUCAGAGACUAGACCUGACUGCACUGAUAACAUGGAGCUGGAGAUGGACUACAAUCCAAGUCUUGAGAUAGAUCCUAGAAAGUAUCUGCUUGUCAUUGGUCCUCAGUUCACUGCUGCAGCACUCAAGGAAGUUGGUGUGGACUCCUCCAGCCUGGCUCUCACUAUGAGUCAACUCCUAACUCUGGGAAUUGAGGUACUACUACAGACAGAUGAGUGUAGAUCAGAUGCAGAAAGAGUCAAAUGUGACACACUAUACAGAAAUGCGUACGAACUAGACCCUCUGUUUGCGGUGAAGAAACUGUCCGCUAAUUUGCAGAAAAAUGGAAAGUAUGAAGAAUGGCUGAAGAAAGCAUUUGAUUUUCAUAUUGUUCCUUGCAAUAAUUCUCCAAGCCUGCAAAGAAUCAAGCAGUUGCAGCAGGAGGGCGCACUUGUAAUCUACACACACUACGAUGAUGCUCUGAGCCAGCUCACCAAGACCAGACCAAUUCUAAUGAGUGAUGUUCCCUACUUUGAGAAAUGGUGCAGGGGCGAGAGCAAUGGAUUCCUUCACUUGCACGGAGUCUACACUGACCAUGAAACUGUUGUGUUUGAUACUGACACCCACCACCCACCCAAUCACCCUCUGACUGCAGCCAACACUCAGCUAACCAAAGUCUUUUGCAAUCGCCACAUUCUCAUGCUCGGAUACGACUCGGAAAACAACGAUGAUGACCCUAUCCUAACAAAAUUUGCAGAGCGGUACAUAGCAGAAUUUCCACAUCGAUUGCAUACAAUCCACCUGACCCAGGCCAGGGGCCACUGUGACUCUCAGUAUGUGCAGAAUGUAUCAUGCAUAGAGGCCCCAGGCUCUUGUCUCUACCCUCUCAGCCAUACCAGUAUGGAUAUAUGGAAGCAGCUUGAAAUACCGCAAAACAACUCGACCACUUUGACACUGAGUCUCUUAGUGGCCAAGAAAGAAGGAGCCACAGAUAUAUCGAGGGUGUUGGGUGAUGGCCCUGGAGUGAACUUUGCACUAGUGAGCUCAGUCAACCACAACGGCUGUCUGUUGCACACUGUCUCCGUGAGACUGGAGAAAGCAAGACAGAAAGAGAUGUGGGAAUGGCUGCUGGAGAGGGAGAGAGGGCAGCUGCUUGCUAGGGGGCUGAUGGCUGUGAUACUGCAGAGUGGCACAUUUCUAUGGAUGAGGGGGAAACCAACCUCAUACUCAGAAAUGCCACAGGAAGUAAACACAUCACCACUCCCACAAAGUCCACAAUCCUUGACUGACUCGGACAGGCCAUUUCCGAUGAUAAAACUCAAAGAAGAGCCUAUCUCGAUAUCGUCACUAGACUUCACCUUCUCAAAAAACAGUGGCAGAAAAGUUCCACGCUACACCAUGCAUCAGGUACGAGCUCGACGUCAGCCUUACACUGUUACUGGAUCAGGCCCGUCUCUAGGGAAACAUGGCCGACCUGAUGUCCCUCUGUUUGGCCAGAACAGCUCACGAUCACUGCUUGAGAGAAGGGCUUCACUUCCGGUGAACGUUAUGAAUGGAAACUCGGCCCACAAUCUGGACCGACUGGUGCAUAAUCUAAGCACUCCUCAGGGUCACGACCUUCCGAGUUAUGCUGCCGUAAAACAGGCACUGUUAUGCGACUGGUACAAGAGAAGAAGAAGCAUUCAAGUCGACCCUAAAACUCUCAAGCUUUUGCUCAAGUCUAAAUUGUUGUCUGAGCCUCUGGAUCUGCUGAAGCUGCGAAGGUACUCUGAUCCCGGCUCCUACAUCAGUCAACCCGAGAGUUUUGCACGUCGCAAGGAGCUGUUUCUCGAUGAGAAUCGCACAUGGUCGCAAACGUACGGUGCAGUAAUCAAACAGAAAAUCACAACAUGGAAGACCAUUAGAGAAGAAAAACAAAGACAGAGAAUGCUCUCAUGGAAAAACAGUCAAUUCCAGCAAAAUGGCUUGAAGUACCACCUCCUCAACCCACUGCAAUCAAACGGUGUACCCUCCCAUGCUCAGAUGUUCUCCACAGGGGGGAUGGCCCCAAAUGGAAUCAACUCGUACGUGUAUCCUGCUCAGACGAUCCUAGCCCCCACAGCUUCUCAAGCCCCCUCCUCAAUGGUUUAUAGUCCCUUCAUUGCCCCCUAUACUCUGGUCAACCCCUAUCAAUCCCUCAUGCAAGUCGGACAACCUACAGCCUUCUACGUUCCCCAAGCUGCAAGCCAACAAAAGCUCGUGUACCUUGUACCCCCCACUAGCACUGGAGCUGAUGCUCAUCCCCUCGUCUCACUGAACAACUCUCACCUGGCCCCACCCCCUGCACUGACAAGGAAACGAUCUGACUCUGGUGUAAGAGAUGCCGACGAAGACUAUCAGAUGAAAGAAUAUUUUAAAAGACGACAGUCUGUACCAAACAAUCUCUCUUCUCUGCUUGUAUCUCCUCUCAGUCAACUGUCUCCUGAUUCCCCACCUCCGAUGAAACGAAUGCGACUCACUGAAGAAUCACCACUCCUUCAGGCUCCAUCUACCGUACACUUUGAGCAGGACUCGCCCAAACAGGAAUUGUCCUCGAGGCAGCACCAUCUGUUGCAGGUCCAUCGACAUCAAAAACUUUACGAGAAUGGAUCAUCGCGCAGUGCUUCAAGAAGCCCCACUCGUAGUGUCGGUCAAAGCUCAGCAAACAGUCCCACUCAUCUGCAACGAAAUGGAGACUAUUUCGACAGCGAUUGUAGUAGCCUUGACGAGGAAGAAGCUGAGAUUAUUGUGGGCGGAGCCAUCUUGUCCCCAAACCAACAUCCAGGCUACGGAGCUCCAACCCCGCACAGCCAGCUGCAACUGUGGCAGUUCCUAUUGGAGCUACUUCUCAUCUCCGCCAACACACACCUCAUCCAGUGGACAAGCAACACCUUCGAGUUUCAAAUCAACAAGCCUUUGGACGUGGCCCGACUAUGGGGCAAAGUGACUAACAACGAACACAUGGACUAUCAGAAGCUGCUGAAAGGACUGCACUAUUACUUUAACAAGGGCAUCAUGAGUAAAGUAAAGGGGAAACCCCUGUCUUUCCAGUACAACGGUAGCAUUCAGAGUUACAUUGAAAUGAGACGUUCUAAUUUAGCCAGCCAAGAGGAAAUGGUCAUCGUAGAAUAGCUGUCAAUUUUUGUCUUUUUUGUCUAUUUUUUAAUCUUUACGUGUUUGUCCCUGAAAUAUUGAAGAGAAAUUUGUGAUCAA